GCAGUUCCUUAAAAUUACGUUCAAUUCCGGUCAAGUGUAUACGAAUCUUAAAAUACAAACGAUUCCAUACAAAAAUAUCGAAAUAUCGGAAUAUCGGAAGUUUUUCGGAAGUUUAUCUGUGAGGUGUCCGAUCGUGCGGUGUCCAAUCGUGCAAUGUGCGUGCGCAAUCGUGCGGUGGCCAAUCGUGCGGUGUACAAUCGUACUGUGUCCAAUGGAACAGUGUGCAAUACAACGUGUGCAAUAGUUCCGUGUGCAAACGUGGUCUCGAGCUAUGUGCAGCAUGUGCAGCGUGCAGUUCAAUAUGGCAGCGUACAUGUAUAAACAAAUAGCGUGUAAAAUUGAGAGGAAACAAGAUGGUGUUGAAAGUGAAAUUGAUAGUGCUGGUGGUCGAGGACGUGGUCGCGGUCGAGGUCGAGGUCGUGGUCGUGGUCGCGGUCGCGGUCGAGGUCGAGGCCGUGGUCGUGGUAGGGGAAAGAGUGAAGAUUCUUUAGAUACAGAUUACAUUCCUAGAUCGAGGGGAACAAGUGUUUCUCAAUCACCUUCAAAAAAUAAUAAAGUAAAUGUAAAAGAUUCAAAUAUUGAAAAUGCUGGGACGGAUUUAAAUGUUUCGCAUCCUGAAAAAGAUGUACAAUUAGUAACGUGCGCAAAAUGUAAUCAACAAGUGUCAAAAAAGCAAUGGGCUCCGCAUAACUUGUUUAAACAUAACAACAUGGCUUGGCAAGAAAAUGAAGAACCAUUGGACCUGGAAAACGACAUAAAGUUAUUAAAAAAUAUAUUAACGUAUGCUCUUAAGAAGAAAAAGAAGCCUCUAGUUUGCGAACAAUGUGAAGCUACAAAACGGAGUGUUAAUGGUUUUAUAUCACAUAUGCAGUUUUGUGGAAAGUCAGGAGAAGAAAUAGCAGCGUUAAUGAUGACAUGUCCCAUUUGCCAAGCUGUCAUGAAGCCUUCUUCUAUGGAAAUGCAUGAACGUUAUCACAGACAAGUGGAAAAAAGUAAAGAGUUAGAAAAAGAGUUAGAAAAGAAAGAAAAAGAAACAAUGAUUGUUUCUGCACAAACAGGAAAACCUCGGCGAAAAGCAGCAGAGAAAGCAGUACCAAAGAUAUUGGAAUUUAGCCAAUCUCUGAGAGACAAAAAUGAGAAGAGACAACUCGUGGCAAAGAAAAUUAAGCUUGAUUUUUCGUCACUCGAAGAUGUGAUACAAAUGCCAAAUGGUGAGAAGAAGAUACCAGUUGUUUGGAAAAGAAUAUGGAAGAAGGAAUUAGCUUCGAAAGGCGUUAUGUCUUGUAGACAAAUAGGAUGUACUUAUACGUGUUCCUCUUUCGAAACUAUCUGUGAACAUUUUUAUCAAUGUAAAUUCACUCCGCAAGAGAGCUUUGUGUGUAAAAUGUGCAAAUUUUUUGCGGAUUCUAAAGACAAAAUUAUGGCUCACGUAAAAGAAGUUCAUUGCAAUGAGAACUUGGAGCUUAACGAACAUUCAGGAUAUCAGUCCGAUUUUGAGAUGGAUGAGGAAAGCACGAGUUCAUCGGAUGAAAGUUUAAUCGAAUCUAGCAGUUUUCGCAAACAGAAGAACCGUUUGCGAAAAAUGGCACGGAUGAGCUCCUAUCCAAAUAUAUGUGAUAAAAUGGCUUUCUUGCAUAAACAACCAGUACAAAAACCAAGUAGGAUUUAUAUGCCAGCUUUACACUGGUCUCUGGCAUUCGAGCAGAAAAAUUAUGAACUAGCAUCAUUCAAAGACUACGUGCCAAAUCCUUUUACGUUACUGAAAAAUGACGAUGCUGCGAAAUAUAUACCAGAAUUAACAAUUUCAAUGAGCGUCAAACGUGUAAACGUCGGUUUAUCGAAAAAUACAGAACAUUCUGACACUGGUGGACAGUUUGCUGACUGGAAACAAUUUGCCAGAUUUGAGGCUGAUGUUCAUGAAGCCGUGCCAACGUUUUUUGUCGGUGGUCCUGUGUGGGCAUUGGCGUGGUCGCCCAUUCCAUCACCGAUGUAUACGAAAAAUCCGAUACAGUAUGUCGCCGUCAGUACACAUCCAACCAUGGAAAGCGAAUACACUAUAGGAAAGGGAUAUACUGGGCGAAACAUUAUACAAGUAUGGGAUGUUGGAAGUUUAGAUCAUGGGAGUGAUAGCGUGAACAGAACACCCACUUUAGCCUAUGCAAUUGCGCACAAUAACGGUACAGUUUGGUGUUUGGAGUGGUGUCCAUCUGGAUGCUACGAACAUAUCGAUCUGUGCAAGUAUAAGGCUGAACAAAAUCAGCCUAGGCGAAUGGGACUGCUCGCGGCCGCGUGCUCGGACGGAUGCGUAAAUAUUUAUUCAUUACCGUUUGCGGACGAACUUAAAUUUGAAAAAACAGAAUACAAUUCGUGGCCUAUUUACAAGACCGACCCGGUAAUAACAUUAGUUGUAAAUUUUGCUAUGUAUAAGAAUAAUGAGCAGAACUGGCAGGCUACUAAGCUGUCAUGGACGAAAGAGCGCGGACAUAAUAUCAUCGCGGCAGGUUUCACAAAUGGCUACAUCGCACUGUGGAAUCUCACGUCUACCUCGCCUUUUGUGCUUAACGUACAGGAGAAUACGAAAUAUUUGAACGCAUUUAAACAUUUCUUUGCUCAUCACAAUCCAGUUACCAUGGUGGCCAUAGUUCCGUAUCAUGGAAGCCGAUAUCUAGCUAGCGCCAGCACGGAUAGAACGUACAAAUUUUGGGAUUUAGAAGAUACAAGCGCACCGCAAAAUUGUACGAAGAAAGGCAUAAUAACGGACGGAGUAUGGAUGACGCACUGGCCGUGCGCGGUCCUUAGUUUCGACGAUGCACUUGGAUACAAACAUACGAAUUCUUGUUUAAUAACAUUGAGGGAAAUGGGAUACAAAUAUUGCCCACUUUUACCUACCAGUUCACCUACUUACGCUAUCGCCGCUUCCGACCAUAGUAACGGUAUCACACAUGGUACAUUGACUGGAGAAGUAAUAACUAUUUUUCCGCAUGAAAUGUUAUAUCUAGACAAAAUACUGUCUAAGAAAAAAUUGUUGAAUUCUUUCAUUGAGACAGUAGAUUUUUCAAGAGAGCAGCACAACAAUUCUAGUAAAAACAGUGAGGAUAAAACUGAAGAGGGUUCUAAGGAUUACAAUUAUAUGCCAGAGAAAUAUGACGAGUGCAAAGAUCGCUUUGGCAUGAUUUUUUACGAUGAUUUGACGAAACCGAGAGAAACUUUCACGAAAGAGGGAAAACGACAAAGCACCGUGUUGCUUGAGAAAUUAAAGAGGACCCAUAUUGAACAAUAUCCAUUUACUUCUGCGAACAAGGUGGCUUGGAAUCCAAAUGCAUGGAGUUAUUUGUGGCUCGCAGUUGGCUAUCAAAACGGUUUAGUAAGGCUGUUAAAUCUGAGAGUUAUGUUCCCCGAACAAGCUGUACUGAAUGAUAUAUUGUCGUCGCAUGCAAAAUCUGUACAUACUGCAGCGCAGUGAGUGCAGCGUCAUUGUAAAUGCGUUAUUGUAAAUAUCAGCGAUGCGUAAAAAACUAUUUUCAAGAGUUUUGGUAAUAUGUACAGCCUACUUGAAUUUUAUAAUUUGCAGCAAUGUCAUACGCAUUUCAAGUAUACAUAAAUACAAUCGCUUACAUGUACAUACUUAUAAGUUUAAAUGUAUAUACUGCAAAUGUAUAUGAUGUAAAUGAUGCAAAUAUGAUUUUAAUCUUUGCAUUUUGUACGUAUAAUUGUGAAAUAAUAAUCGAUCGAAGUGCGCGCGUAUUGCGACAUCGAACGUUACUUCGUAGAACUAAAAAUGCAGCUAGAGAAAGGACUAAAUUUUACUUAGUAUGUUGGCAGCACUUGUUACUGCUGAUGGCUGAUGUCAGCAGACUGCACUAGAAACGUCACUCCGAGGACCAUGUAAAAUAAUGAUUACACUUUUACCUUUGUAAAGGAUUCGGUGACAGUUUCAUUAUCUCUUACAAACUGCUUUCAACAUUUUGUCAGUAUGACGUACUUGAAUCAACCAGAGUACGUACGCUACGUGUGCAACUGCGGUUCCUUGAAACCUAUAUCGAAGAUAUACUUUUGCCGACACUGCUUGAUGAUACGGUGCGGCUACUGCGUCUGCCAGGAGGUACGAUCCUCAGAAUUUGUACAAGGAAAUGUGUAUAGACACUUGUUUACAUAAUUAAUAAUUAAAUCUAUUACGCAAAUGUAUUCCGCUGCGUACAACGUUAUGGUGUUCUCCGUAAAAAUAAAGUUUGUCCAAUGCA